UCGGUUACGUAUGACGCUCUGAACCGAGCCGAUCAAGCCUACACAGGCCGGGUAGGACCCCAGCAACAACGCUGCGAUCGGUUCAACCUAUGAAGAUUGGGCUUUUCAAUCGCCAUCCAUCCUUUGAAUAGACAACGUUUUGUGGAAAUAUAUCACUGUCACUGAUCAGAAGAUACACUAAGUCGUUCAACCGAAUCAGAAGGCACUGGGAAGAGGCGCAAAGAAAAAUUUCCAUACUCGAUGACAUUACAUCGCAAUGUCCGAUCGUUUGGGGCAAAUAACCAAGUCCAAGGAUGGGAAAAGCAAGUAUUCCUCACUCAGCCUAUUUGACAAGUACAAGGGAAAAUCAAUAGAAGCUCAGAAAAACGCAGUAGUUCCGCGACAUGGCUUGCAGAGUCUUGGCAAAGUGGCCGCAGCCCGGCGCAUGCCCCCACCUGCUCACCUGCCGAGCUUGAAGUCUGAAAACAAAGGAAACGAUCCCAACGUGAUUAUUGUGCCGAAAGACGGUACAGGAUGGGCGAACAAGCAGGAACAACCCGAUCAAAAGAGUUCUAUUGCAUCGAUACCACAGCUGCCGGAGUUGCAGCCGCAGCUGGCUUUACAGAAAUCUGUCUCCAAUCUUCAGAAGUCCUCACCGGUAGCCAACCAGGAGAACACAAACACAGGUGGACCAAAGCAAUGGGCCCAACUAAAUGGAAAGGCAGUAGAGCAAGAUGGUUCAAGGGCCUCAAACCGACUUCAGCCCUUCUCUCACGAGGAAUUUCCCACACUGAAGGCAGCUGGAGAACAGGACAGGGCUGGCAGGGAAAGAAGCGGCUUCGAUCCGUCGUAUGGGCCCGGACCAAGCCUCCGCCCCCAGAAUGUGACGAGCUGGAGGGAAGGUGGUGGCAGGAACCUUCAACCCUCAGCCCUGACCCUUGGCCUGCCGGCAGAUCCUGAGGGUAAGCUCACUGCCCUGGGUGAAACUGGCUCCCCUCCGGCCUUAUCCCACCCCCCUUCUGCCACCGGCACAACCUCUUCUAGUGUAGUGACUGCUCAGUCACCAGUCCUUGACCCCAAGGAGCCUUCCCUGCGACCUGCCCAGCCAGUCCGCAGAACAACCGUCCCCACUGCCCUGCAGUACCAGCUUCACCACACUUCAACUGCUGUCUACCAUGACAUGUUGCCUGCAUUUAUGUGCUCUAAAGAGACACGUGAAGCCCCAGGUACAGACCAUGUUCCGACCACCGUAGCUGCCCCAGCCCGAUUUGACAGCAAACCCACUUUUAGACAGAACUACGCCAAACCUGAACUUGUUAAUGGUGAUGUGAGAAGAGAGAACCGCUUUGUCCGUGCUACACCUCGACCCUCGUCUCAGCCCAUCCGCAGGCCUGGUGACAGACCGCAACGCCCAGCCAUCAUUAAUCCAGAGGACUUGAAGGAUCUGGAUGAGCUUGACAAUGACUGCGAGAUGGAUGGGCUGGACUCCAUGAGGAAGUUGAUUAUAGUGAGAAGCUUAAGUUCAGUGAUGACGAAGAAGACCACCACGGUGAAAAAAAACAGGAUGUGGGCUGAAUGGGAGAGGGAGAACCAGCGUGACUGCCAAUCCUCCCUAAAUUCAGGUGAGGUGUCUUACACCCAGGAGGGCCCUGAGGAGAGCUAUUCCUACCAACAUCACCACCACGAGCCUCCCCGGAAGACCAACGGCAGAUAUCUCUCUACAGACACCCCGACCCAGCAGAAAAACCAAGGUGAGCCACAGGCUGACCAGGAAGAUCACCAGCGCCAGUCUCAGGCUCCAGCUAGGGCAAAGUAUGUGUCCCCUGAGUUGUCAGAGGCUGUUGAGAGGGCCCGCAGACGCCGGGAGGAGGAAGAGAGGCGUGCCCGUGAGGAACGGCUGGCUGCCUGUGCUGAAAAACUCAAAAAGCUGGAUGAAAAGUUUGGGAAGACUGAAAGGCAGACAUCAAGGACAGAGGAGGGCCAGAAAGAGGGAGAGGGCAAAGAAGUUCCACUUUCCCCAGACGGGGAACAGAGUAAAGGCCUCCAUGAGAACUGGCAGUACAGCACAAAAGAUGUAACGGAGUGUCCCCCAGAGAACUCUCCUGGCCAUAGUUACCGUGAGGAACCUGCUUUCUCUAACUACCGUGCCAGUGAUGACGAUGUCCAGGAGCCCUCCUCCCCCUCAGGAGACUACAGUGGACGUCAUCCCUCCAAACCCAUCCCACCCCGCUUUCAAAAGCAGCCCCAGCCCCAGCCCCAGCACCAUCAGCAGCAGCAGCAGCAGCAGCAGCAGCAGCAGCAGCAGCAGCAGCAACAACAACAACAACAACAACAACAACAACAGCAGCAGCAGCAGCAGCAACAGGAACAAGUAUACAAGAUGCAGCACUGGCAGCAGUCAGGUCACCCUGCCCCAUCUGGGUCCAGCCACGGCCAGCGAGGCUACUACCCCCCACACGUCCUCGGGUUUGAUCCCCGCUGGAUGAUGAUGCCACCUUUCAUGGAUCCCCGCAUGACCCAAGGACGAUCUCCUGUGGACUACUACCCUGCAGGAAUGAUGAAACCCAUGAUCCAUCAAGACCACCUGAACAGCCCUGGUUCCGAUGAGGGAUGCCAUCCUAACCUGCACCAAGAGAGAAGAGCCCCUUCCACUGAGCCUUACCCUAUGUGGAACCAAGAUGGUUACCCCUUACGCAGCUUCACUCCACCUUACCAGAGGCAGCAUGAAAACUCAGAUAGUGGCCAGCCAGAUCACAGAAAUGAUAUGGCCUGCCCCCAACAGGACUCCUAUGAAGAGGGGGCUAAUGAGUGCUUGACCCACCCCCAAGAUGAUAUCCCCCAUCAUGCUUACCAGAGCCGAGGCCCAGACAGAGAACACCAACACCAUGACCAAGGCUUGCUGACCACUGCUCAUAACCACUCCAUGAAUCAUGCGGAUAGUGAUUACCCAAAACAAGACUCUAGAGACAAGCAUCUGAAAGACGGCUCUGAAUCACACGAUGAGACCUUAGAUGGCUCCAAGGACAAUUGGAAGAGAGAUGGAGGCCAGAAACAAGACGGAGGACUCAACAAUGCUCAAAGCCAGUGGUCCGAACCCAGUUCCAGUAGUAGUGUUAGCCAGCCAUCUGAGACCAGUGGGCGCACCUUGACUCGCAGAACUGGGCCCAUCAAGAAACCAGUACUCAAGGCUCUCAAAGUGGAAGACAAGGAGAAUGAGAAGCCUAAACCUGAGCCUGAGGAGAAGCCUGUCCCUUAUCGCCUGGAGAAAGAAGUCCUUACUAAUGUUUACGACUUGAAGAAAGAUAACCAGCCUGCCAGCAACAGGCAUGCAGCCUCACCUGUUGUUGAGAAACAGCCCGAAGAGAGGCAGCGUCAGUCACCAGCUCCCACCAAAACAGAGAGGCCUCUGAGCACCCACAGCGACGACUCUCCCAAGGAGAGCACCUGGGACAGUGGCAAGAGCCAGUCAUCUAGAGAUAGCCAGGAAAAUCGGGAGCCCCAGGCACCUCGGCGUAAUAACUGGAUCUUCAUCGAUGAAGAACAGGCCUUCGGUGCAGUCAGGGGAACGGGUAGAGGCCGCAGUCGAGGCUUUAGGGAAUUUAGCUCAAGAGGUGGAACCCGUGGUGGCCGAGGUGGAGACAAUCUCAGAGGGGCUUAUAACAACAAUAACAACAGCGGCGCUCAGCGGACAGGCAGAGGCAGAGCACCACCAAGGGACCUUGUCAAGGUGGAGGAGUUCCAGAGAGGCAAGCCCCGCAGGCGAAAUGUCAGUGAGACCUUGAGUGAAGCCUCUGAGUAUGAGGAACUGCCCAAGAGGCGCCGUCAGAAGGGAUCUGAAAAUGGAGAAGGUUACACAGAGUCUGGAGAAGUCCGUAAGGCUGAUAGAGACUCUUGGAGAUCCAACAAGGUUUACACAGAUGACCAGACGGCCCCAGAUUCCAGAGAAAAGGCCAAGGCCAGCAGGGGCUUUGGAGGUCGCAUGCUGCCUCCCAGACUGAACACCACUGGAAGUUACAGUCGAGGCUUUGGAGGAUCCAGGGACAUUUCUACAUGGAGGGGCCGUGGGCCCCAGCUUAGUAGCACUGGUGGCUCCAUGCAAGAAAAUGGUUAUGGUCCUGGAGCUGAGAGUACUUACUCCUGCAGACCACCUGUUGAACGGGAGACUCUCAAGUAUCCCCCUAAAUUCACUGGCUCCUUCAUGGAAAAUGGCACAGAGGACCGUGAAGGAGAAUUCUACUUUGACAAUGACAACCCUGAUAGGCAGAUGUUAAGGAGACGGCGUCCACCCCGUCAAGACAAGCCUCCCCGCUUUCGUCGGCUACAACAAGAACGUGAACCUGGCACAAACCAGUGGACAAGUGAGGAGUACAUAAAUGGAGAGUUUGCAAACCCAUGGCCUGGUCGCCCCAAAGGCAGUGGGGAAGACAACUGGCCCAGUGGCCACUACUCUGGUGCACGCUCUAACCAGCAUGGUCAGGCAGAGGAAUGGGAGACGGGAUCAGAGAACAGCGACUUUGGUGACUGGAGAGAGAAGCGAGGUGGAAGUGGAGGGGCAGCUACACAAGGACAUGGUGAUAUUCCUUCAGAGUCUUGCCAUAGUGAACCAGGCUCAGGCGAGAAGAGGGAACUUUGCAAGAGAAGCUUCUCCAGCCAGAGACCAUUGGUGGAACGGCAGAAUAGAAAAGGGGAGCCAUCACUGCUGGAAGGGAGCAAGAUGAGACGUUCACCUGAUAACCCCCCUACCUCCUCAAACAGGAGUGACAAUUGGCAGAAUGGAGUGACUUCUUGUAAGAGCAGGAGCCCAGAUGAGUCGGGCCCAGUCUACAGCAUAGAGCAGCCGGAGGAGAGGGAGCCCAGUGAGCCUUCAGGGAAGAAAUUAGACAAGGACCUCAAGCAAGGACCUGUCAAGACAGAUAUAGCUGAACCUCUGUCCCAGUAUGAGCUCAGCAGCUACCCAAUUGAGGGGGACACAGGGGGACCAGUUUCUAAUCCAGAUGGAUACCAGGAUGCCCUGUCAAAAAAGCAAAGACGCCCACAGGAAGAUGAUAGAAGGAGGAAGGAACAGGGAGCUCCAGUGCCAGUGAAAAACAGGACUAUCACAUCAAAGAUACCGCCACGCUUUGCCAAAAAGCAGGGAAGCUUGGGCAUUGAACAACCUGAGGAAGCACUUUCUUCCAACAACCUGGGAACUGAAAUCUGGGAGACAAACCGCUCCGCUCUUUCAGUACAGUCUUCAGGAGGAGACUCAUGGACUAAACAGGUGUCUUACACUGGGAGCGAGCCCAACUCUGAGGACUCUGAUGCUGGCCCAGAGCAGAAUAAAGAACAGCACAAGCCAGGGCCCAUCGGAAAUGAACGCUCCCUAAAGCACCGUAAGGGAUCAGAAGCUGUUGAUCGGCUGGAAGGUGGCCCAAUUACGCCAGUCAAUGGUGUGGACCUCCAUGUGGACACUGUGCUGCCUGUGCCUCCUAUUGAGUUUGGUGUCAGUGCCAAAGACUCUGAUUUCAGCCUACCACCGGGCUCCACCCCAGUGCCCGUGUCGAAUUCUGUCAACAAGCUUCAGGAGGCUCUUACCACCAAUACGACUCUCAAUCAGAGUAUCCCCAUGCUGCGUUCCAAUCACCUACAGCCUGGCAUUAACCUCAACCCCAUCUCCUUUCCCAGUGCUGACCUCACUCUCAAGAUGGAAUCAGCACGCAAGGCGUGGGAGAACUCCCAGUCCCUCCCUGAGCAGGGCUCUCCUGGUGGAGGUGCUUCAGGUGCUCAGCCUCCCUGCAGUGUUGGCUCAUCCAGUGGUGUUAGCUACAGUUCCUUUGGAGGGGUUUCAAUGCCUCCGAUGCCUGUGGCAUCAGUAGCACCUUCCAUGUCCAUGCAAGGUAAUCAUAUUCCCCCAUUGUACCUGGAUGGUCAUGUUUUUCCUAGCCAGCCCCGCCUUGUACCUCCCAUGACCCAGCAGCAGACCUACCAACAGGCGGCCGCAGCACAGCAGAUUCCGAUCUCUUUGCACACGUCUCUUCAGGCUCAGGCUCAGGCUCAGUUGGGGCUUCGGGGAGGUCUACCUGUCUCUCAGUCCCAAGAGAUGUUCAACUCUAUUCCCCCCUUCAGGUCCCAGGUUUACAUGCACCCCAACCUGUCACAGCCCAACCCCAUGGUGCUGUCAGGCGGAGCCCCUCUCAAAGGGCCUUACUCUGCUUUCCCUGGCAUGCAGCCCUCAGACAUGGUCAAGACACAGUCAGGCUCACACUAUCAGCCUAUGAAUGGCAGCCAGCAGCUAGUCUAUGACAGCCAGAUGAACCAAGGGCCUGGUAUGGGUUCCUCCCAGCUAAUGGACUCUCAGCUCAUCCAGGUGACCAUGCCCCUACCUGGCUCUCAGCUCCGCUAUGGCUCAGCUCAGCAACAUCUCAUCCUCCCACAGUCCAUCCAACUGCAGCAGGGACAAAACCUGUCAGUCGGGGGCCCACGCCGAAUGCUGCCACCUGGCUCCCAGGCUUCGGUCAUGACUGGCAGCCGAGAGGGCUCACAGAUGGAAAUGAAAGGCUUCCAGUUCACUGAGAAGAAUCAUUCCCCAGGUAUAUCUGGGGGGUCCUACAGGCCUGGGUCUGCCAGCCCCAGUGGGAAACCCUCUGGUCCUGGGGGUCCUCUGCCUACACAUUUUGCUCAACAGGUCCCAACUUGCCAGGGCAGCAUGGUGAUGCACAUGCGGCCCCCCACCACUGGCCCUUUCCCCAACCCCAUCCAGAGACCAGUCAUGCAGGUCAACAAGCCUGUCAUCAUCCGCCCCCCCCCUUACCCCAAUCCUGGCCGCGACCUUUCCCACUCCACCCCUCCCUCGGCCCCCGAGCCCCAUGUUAAAGGGCCAGAGGAUGGCAUGAAGAAUAAAACCAUGCGAGAAGUGCGAAAGGCAGUGGGUGAGGGCAAGACACCAUCUGGGGGCAUGACCAGCAAACUCCAGGAGCCCCUACCCUCCACAGGGCAAGCCAAACCAGCACGCACUGGAGCCAUCAAACCCCAGGCUGUCAAAGUAGAGGAGGGCAAGGCAUAACAAUGGACCUUAAAUCCUCAUCAUCACUUAGCCUGCCAACACAAGCCCCUUGACCAAUGUCAGAGCCUUCCAAGACCCACGUUAUCCAAAGGCACCAUGGCAAGGGGCAGACAUCAUAAUGAAUUACCCCUCUUGAACUGUCAGAACUGGACACCAUUUCACACCACGUAUAGAGAUAUAUAAAUAUAUAUAAAUAUAUACAUAGACACGGUCUUUUAAGCAGAUCUCUUCAAGGUCCUCUUUAAUUUAUUAUUAGUCACUUUUAAGGGGAGAUUGGUAAAGAGAAAAGAUUUUUUUUUUUUUUUUUUUGUUUCUCUUCAAGGUGGGGAAAAUAAAAAUGGCCAUCUCAGACAGAUGGUUCAUUUUUCAUACCAUUUUGCCAAACUAUUUACUCCCUCUUAUGGACUGUUGCCGUUAAUAUCAGGCAGACACUUGAUAUAACUCACUAUUAGAAAGCAAAGUAAUUUUUUUAAACAAAUUUGAAAUGCAGUGGGGCACUUUUCUUUUUUCUUUUUUUAAAAAUCAUUUUUCAUUGGCAUUUUCGCUGGUAAAUUUAAUGUUUAAGUCAUCACCCAUUCCUGCUAUUGGUAAAGGACUUACUUUAUUAACCCAGAAAAAAAUCCACCAAUUUGUGGACAUCAUUGCAUGUCAACAUGUCAUAAGUCAAGUAAUGCAUCUUCUGGGAUACUUCACCCAGCCUAUGAACUGUGGCAAACUGCUUUGAUUGCUUAGAAAUCAUUUCUUUUCUUAAUACUCUGUUCUUUGCUUUUACAUCCUGUCGCUCGCUCUUUUCCGUAUGUAAAUUGAAACUAAAAGGUGGACAUUUUACCAAAAUCAUGUUUCUUCCAUGGGAACUUCACUGGUAUUGAUACAGCGUGUGCAUGUGAUGUGCUGAAUGUGUGUUUAAACUUGCGGGACUCCUACUUAGAACAGAGCAACAUUUUCACAAAGACUGUACCUGAACUCAGCAUUCAUAGUGCUGCCAUCGACUUGUGUGGAUUUUGAUCAACCAAGCUGGCAACAAUUUUUUUGGGCUCAUUGUAAAGUUUUUUUGUGUGUGCAGGGGGGGCUGCAUUCACAAUUGCUAUAAGGACCCCCCAAAAUAGCUGAUUGAAAUGUUUGCUUUCUUAUCGCUUUGUUUGGGUUGUAAUUCAUCAAGUUGUCGGUUAAUGAACAUGUGAUGUAAGUGAUGAUUUUUACAUCCCUAAGUCUGGGGCGUUAAGCUUUCUUCUUUAAAGGCUCUUGAAAGACUUUCCUCUCUAAUUCCAGUAAAAUCCCACUUAACCGUACUGUGGGGGACUUGCGAAGAAACAGACUCAUCACCAUUUGAUUAUUCAGCAUCUGGUCUCUGAGGUGGCACUAGCAAUAAAUGCAGCCUAACUAUAAUCACAAUCAGGGUCCAACAAGAAGCUAAUGAUCACAAACAAGGGGCAUAUAGCAUUGCUUGUUGAAUAAAAUACGUUAUUUGCUUAAGCUUUUUUUGUGAGCACUGCAGUUCCAGUGGACUACGAAGGACUUUUAAAAGUGUUUGUUCUAUUUGAAAAUGUGAAGCUGUUGGAAUCAUCUUUUAUUCUGUUUUUUUUGUAAUGGACACUCUAUUGAAACUCACAAUGCCUAUGUCAUAACUGGUUAAAUGUUAUUGCUUACCAUAAUGCUCCAUGACACUACAAAAUGUUAAGAUUUAUCUUUGACAGUGUUUCACUGGUAUAUAUGUAUAUGCAUACUUAACUGUACAGUCGAGCCUUGUCAUCGAGGGGAGGCUUAAACCCACAUUUCAUUUUAGAUAUUGUGGCACUAUAAAGGAUUUAAUGUUGGAAAGGUCACUGUGUUCUCAGAAUGGACUGCUUUCACUUGUUGAUAGGUUUAGUGGGCUUGGAGUUAUUUUUUUUUUUUUUUUUUUUGCCUCAUCCCUUACUGCAAAAGAUCAUGAUGCUUCUCAUCAUUGUACCUGCACCAAAAUGUUGCCCUGAGUUUUUUUUGUUUUUUUUUCGUACUUUUAAGAUGCAUAUUUCAUUUUGUCAAAGGACCAGUGUUUUCUACAGCUGAUCCGGCAUUCUAUUUAUCCUACCUGAUCUUUAUCCUUUCAGAUAUUUGGUCAUUACUCUCCCUUGUUUAAAAAAAAAAAAAAAAAAAAGAACUUAUUGAAAGAAAAGAAAUAAAGCAGUUGUGUUUUCUUAAAUGUACUGUUGAUUCUCUAUUCUCACUUUGUCAUAUUAAAAUCAUGUAUCAAAUUCUUGUGAAAGCAGAAAUGAUGGGGAAAUGAAUUUAGGCUAUGUGUCCAGCACAAUAUCUGAUAAACACUGACUGUUCAUAUGUGGUGUUUUUAGCUUUUCACACAGCAUUUCCUCCAGGCAUCUGAGCAUCUUUUCUCCCAGUAGCUACACCUUAUAUGUACCCCAUUCUCAAUCGAGCAUUUCCACUUUAAAAUAAGUUUUAACAAAAGCAUUUGGUUUGGAUAGACAGUUUUGCCAUGCAUGGUUAUGCCAUACAACUACAAUACAUUGUGUAUUCCAUUCACACAAAGGUUUGUGGAUGUGCUUGGUUACUCUGUUUGUUUUUGUUUUUUUAAAUGUUUUUCCAGUUUAAUAACCAGGUUUAAAUUAAAAGCCUUUUUUCCAAGUCAUCAAAUAAACUAAAAAAUACUCUAAAUCCAAGACAACUGUUUGUGCACUAUAAAGGGCCUUUUGGGUCUGGCUGGACUGUCAACCCUUGUCCAGCAAGCUCUCCCUUUGGACUUGUCUAGUUAGGAAUUGUACUCCUUUUUAAUUAGGGAGCAAGGAGUCCCAAGAUGAGUAAGGUGUCCCGAAGGGAUAUGAGAGAAAAUUAUAGCAAUGUGUCUGUUUAUUUCUCUAUUUUUUUGCUUUCACAUUUGGUUUUAACUGCUCAUAACUAUGUAUAAUAACUUCAUAACUAUAUACACGAAUGACCUGUAAUGAGGGGUCACAAAUAGUCUACUUAUUUUAAAGUAGUCACGAUAUAAUAGGUUGGGAAAGCACUGUUCUAGACACUUAAAUUUCAGCAAUGCAUUUUGAAUAAUUUAGGAUUUUAUGAGCCAGCACUACUAGAUUGUCUUUUAAAACACCUGCCAUAUUGAGUGAGAUUGUAAUAAAGUUUGAUUCUGGUUACCUUGAAAUCAAAGCGGUGAUUCUCCAUUGUUUGGUCACUACUUCAUUAAUAACACAAAUACCGUAACAUCACAACAAUGCGCCUGUAAAAAGCAGGCUACAUGACGUCAGAAGUGUCACAUUCCUGAUUUUCGCAGGAUAAAAAGAGGCUUGUCUGGACAAAGAAAGUUUUCCCUUUGUGGUCGCAGAGCGAAAUCUCGUACUUCGCCGCAGGAUUUGGCGUUUUACCUCCGAGCAUUUGGGGUGUUUUCGUCAUAUAACAAGGAUGGCGACCCAGAAGGGCGGUGUCAGGCCCGAUGAAGGCCUGAUGAUGAUGCAGGAGCUUGACGACCGGCUGAAAGAGCAGAUUGACAAACUGGAGCAUGUUCGCCUUGCUGCUGUUGAACUGAAGGACAACUUGUCUGGGAGCAACCGUGAUCUUACCCAGUCUAUCGCUGACCAUCUGGAAUGGUUGAAUCACUUGUCCGAGCGAGUGGAGACUCUUCACAUGAACACAACGGUUUUUGUUCAGAUGAAUCCCAAGCCUCGCGCAUGGACAGGGAAACAGGGUUCCAAACAUGGCUACCGCUUGGGACGUCUCCACCAGGCUGAGGACGUCCAUUCAGAGAUUGGCUGGUCCCCCAUCCGCACACGACGCAACAGUGAUGCUGCCUCUGAAAUGUCUUGUUACUGGUAGACUGUGGCUUGUAGAUCAACAGAGGUUGCAAUUAGUGCAAAAUAUUGUACAGCUGGCUUUCACCAAAUUGAUGUUUGAAAACAAAACUCUUUCCACAUUUUCUUAUUGGUACAUUUUUACUCAUUAUGAUGCCAAGUUUUACAUGUUGUGUAAUACUUUGCAUUUUUAUAUGUCCUGUAUUGUUGUGUUGUUGAACAUGAAAGAUUUUUAUUAAAAUCAUGGCUAAUUUUAUCUCCGCUA